ACUGACAAAUGUGAAAUGGAUAACAUGAUCGAUAUUUUAUCGAGAGAAGUGGAAUAUAAAGCAGAUCUGCUCGAACAGCUACUUCUUUUCACUCAGUCCAAUGUAUUGAAAUGGAGCUGGAAAGUAGGGCGAAUGGGAGCAAUUUUCUUAUUUCUUAGCUUGCUGAAAGCUUUCCACAAUACUGCUUUAAAACACCGUCGAUACCGUCACCUUCCCGGACCACCUAGAGACAGCUUCAUUUCUGGUCACGUGGACACCUUGAAAAAACAGCAAAAGUCUCACGGUCACAGUCACAAAUGGUUUUACUUUCUUUUCAGGGAAUACGGAGGUGUCUCCCUGAUUUGGAUCUACAGGUCUCCAAAGAUUCUGAUCUCUAGUCCCAGUUUUUGUAGCCUUCUCAUAAGAGCUCCAAGUACUCACCAAUCUAGAUACGAAGUCUACAAUAACUUGUCGCGAGAAGGACCCCUGGUGGAUGCUGUCUCCACUGGUAAAAGUAUUCUCACUGAUCAGGACUCUCUUCACAGACAGCAGAGAAGAGGUGUUUACCUGAGGUCCAUGCACAGAAAAUCUUUCCAGCACAUUGUGGAUUCUGUCCAAGAAGUGUCAGACAACAUAAUCUUAGCAUUGAACAGACUAGAGGAGACAGACAUUAGGGGAGUAAUACUAACGUUUGUUCACCGCAUCAUGGCGGAUUCCUUGUUUGGAAUUGACACUUCAGAUUAUGAAACUGAUUUGAAGCCCCCUCUGAAUGCUUUCUUCUCACAGUUGGAAAUGGCAGGAAAAAUUAAAAUGAAGAGCAGACGCAGAACGAGUGGUUUCAUGAAUUGGUUUUCAUAUAAAAACGUUGAAGAGUUCGAAAUAAACGAAGAUGCUUCGUAUGAAGAUAUGGAUCCUGAUAAAGAAACCAUUGAAAUAAGAAGAUUGAUAUAUGAGCAUGUACAGAUAACAAAACAGUUGCUAAGAAGGAAGAGCUGGGCUGAAAAACAAGACACGGACCUUGUUGCUGCAAUACUCACGCAAGAUGAGUGCAAGGUGGACGAUGAGCUGAUAGUUAACGAUAUAAUUUCACUGUUUCUAAUCGGAAGAGAACUUCUUACUACUCACAUUAUCCAGACACUCUUCAGCAUCCUCUCUGACCGCGAAGUUUACAUACGAGUGAUAUCAGAAAUGGACCUACUAUUUGGAGAAAACGCUGAUCCCCCUUACUCAAUUAUCAGUAAGCUCAAGUACCUAGAUUUGUGCAUUCUCGAGAGCUUGAGGCUGAACCCUCCACAACCCACAGUACGAUCUGUUCCUAAAACCAGAAAGAAUAUCUACCUGGGCAAGUACCUGAUGAAGAAAACAAGCCGCCACCAAAGCACUGACUUUAUCCUCUCAAUCUACAACAUUCAUCGUGAUCCUGAUCACUGGGGCCCUGACCCCCACUCUUUCAAUCCUGAUCGUUUCCUCGGCAGAAACAUGACUCGUCUCAGACCUUGCACGUUCUUUCCGUUUUCAUUUGGCAGUAGAGCAUGCAUAGGAAAAGAUUUUUCGCUCAUGGCGACAAAGGUAUUUUUGGUAAAAUUGCUGAGGAUGUUUGAUGUGGGUUUAUUAUCAGGCGGGCCACCUAAAUACACUGAUCAUUUAAGCUUGAGGAUAAGUUCGGCUAUCAAUUGUAGUCUUUCUAAAACCAAAAUAAAUUUCAAACGUUUUGGAGAAUAGGGUGGCAAUUUAGAAUGAACAUGUUCGCUGUCAGUCUUAAGAGAUUUAAUUCAAGUCGCUUGAAUUUGUAUGCAAUACACUGUGAAUGUUACGUCAUUCUUAUUGUUUAUUGUCUAAUAAUCAACACUUUGAUUAUAUAAUUUGAUUAUAUAUAUUUCCAAUUUGAUUAUAUUCUUGGCUGUGAAUUUUAAACUAAGUCUGUCUGACUGUCUGUGGACUGUGACCCAAAUUGUUAAGUUUGUUUUUAAACCUAUUUCAUUUGGUAUUUGUUCUUUGCCUAAACCCAAAAGCGGAUAGAAGUUGUACCGAUUUUGGCAGCUUCUUUUCUAGAAGCUUCUUUUGUCUUGUCUAAUUUAAAUGUUAAUUUUCAGUAUUGUUUUCUGAGAACAAAGAUUUACAUUAAAAUUGUAUUUAAUAAAGCUACUGGCUGGCUAGCCCACAU